CUUUUUUUAAUUAAAUUCGAAUAGAAGAUUGUAUUAAUUCAUUAUUCAAAUGAAAACCUUUACAUUUUACUUGUAACAUACAUUUGAAAUGAAAUUUUGUAAUAUUUAACUUUUAAAUCAAUAAAGCAAAUGAGAAAUCCUGAAAAAUCAGAAAAUCUCUGGUGUUUUUCAUUUAUUCAACAUUUAAUGAAUAAAUAUUUGAAUUUUAAAACUAUGCAAUCACAUGAGAAUUAUAUUACAUUAAAACAAAAUGAUAUAAAUUUACAAUAUAGAAGACAAUCAUUAAAUGAAAUGAAAAAAAAAUCAAAAAAUAUAUUACGUAAAUCAACUACAAUGUUAUUGGAUCCUAAUCAAAAUCAAAUGAGUCUAAACUCUAUACUUCAUUAUAAUCCAUUAGAAUCUACUAGUUUCUCACAAUCAUAUGAACCUUUUAAUAAUGAAUUAAAUUCAUCACAAAUAUGGAAAUGUCCUCAUUGUUUAACUAAAAUUCAAUUAAUCAAAAUUCAGAAUACACCAGAAAUUAUUCAAUCACAUCGGCAAAAUAAAGGAAUUCGUACAAAUCCUUGGAUAUAUCAUCCUAAAUUAGAGUUAAACAAUAGUAAAUCUAAAAUACCUGUCACUUCUUGUUCAAUUUCUAGUUCAUUAACAGAUAGUGGUAUUUAUUUAUGUACAGAUAGUGGUUCACGUUGUGGUUACAUUACUCGAUCAACUACUGAAACUGAAAUAAAUAAAAAUAAUUAUUUUAAUGUACAUAAAAAUGAUAUACCGAUUAUACCUAUAUCACCAGAUCCUCCACCAUCACCAGCUCCAAAAUGUACACAAUGUAUUAUUGGUCCAGAUUGUUUAGAGCAUACAAGCUUGCCUUUUGAAGUAAAUGAGAACCGAACUUUAUUGAAUAAUUCUAAAACAACAUGUAAAGGAUUUUGUAAAUCAGCAACAUUGGAUUUAUCUAAUUUAGUCAGUGAAACUAAUGAAUCAAUAAAUAGACCAAGAAGGAAAUUAUUAACUAAAAGAGUGAGAAAUCAAAUGAGGAGGUCAUGGUUACAAACUACUACGGGAUCAAAAUUACUUCCAAAUCUAUCACCAUCUUUACAUUUAGACUCAUCAUCUUCUUCAUCAUCAUCAUCAUGUAAAUCUCCAUCAUUUGAACAUAAAGUUACUCUUUCAGCGGAUGAAAGAAUUCCUUGUUGUACAAAUGAUGAAACUGAAAGUAUAAUUGAUAAACAUAACUUACUAAGUAAACAAACGGAUACCAAUGUUUCUGAUUCCCAAAUUAUUGAAGACAAUGAAUUAAGUAAAUCAAUAAUAUCCUCUUUCAUUCAAAAUAUGUCACCAGAAUUAAUUAAAUCAAUAAAUUUAAACAAUAGUUUAAAUUUUUCAACUGUAUAUAAUGAUAAUCUUAACAACAAUGAAGAUAAUUUAUAUGAUGAUAUUCAAUUAGAAAAUUUACGAACUAAUUUAAAAAUUCUUUCUGAAGCUAAAAAUGUAAUCAAUAUGCAAAUGAGAAAUUUAGGUCAAAAUUAUAUUAAUUAUUUAAAGAAUAAAUAUUUAAUAAAUACAAUGAAAAAUCAAUAAAUUAAGAAAGAAUCACUCAAAUUUGAAAAUUCAAACUAUUUAAUGAUUACAAUGAAAAAUCGAUAAAUUACGAAUGAAUCAUUCAAAUUUGAAAAUUCAAUCUAUUUAUUGAAUACGAUGAAAAAUCGAUAAAUAAUGGAUGAAUCAUUCAAAUUUGAAAAUUCAAGCUAUUUAUUGAAUACGAUGAAAAAAUCAAUAAAAAAUGAAUGAAUCACUCAAAUUUCAAAAUUCAAGCUAUUUAUUGAAU